UCAACCUGCAGCCCCUGAGCUCUCCAUUCGAGAUUGUGAAGCUGAGAUCUGCAGUGGAGGAGCUCAAACCUGCACCAGACAUGGUGUUCUGCUGUGCUGAUCUGCUGUGCUCCUGCUGGUGUGCACUGGCUGUGAUUGUGCUCGUCGCCGUAGUCUGGUUCUUCAGAGACUCCCGUCAGAUCACAGGCAUCCACGAGAAACACGUCCUGAUAACGGGAUGCGACAGCGGCUUCGGAAACCUUGCGGCACGACAGCUCGACCGGCAGGGUUUUCUCGUAAUAGCCGCGUGUCUUACAGAAACCGGAGCCUCCAGACUGCGUGCCACUGCUUCGCCCAGACUGAAGACGCUCCUGCUCAAUGUGACCGACAGCACGAGCAUCGAUCGCGCACUAGAGCGCGUGCGGAGUGAGACCGGUGGGAAAGGCCUGUGGGGUUUGGUGAAUAACGCGGGGGUCUCUGUGCCCAUCGGCCCCAUGGACUGGAUGCAGCUUCAUGACUUCAAGAAGGUUAUGGAUGUAAAUCUGACGGGUGUGAUCGCGGUGACGCUCAAAUUUCUUCCUCUGCUGAAGAAGGCUCAGGGUCGAGUGGUGAACGUGGCCAGUAUUCUGGGCAGACUCUCCAUCAUCGGCGGAGGAUACUGCCUGUCCAAAUAUGGCGUCGAGGCCUUCUCUGACAGCCUGAGGAGGGAUAUGGUGCACUUUGGCAUAAAAGUGAGCAUCAUUGAACCAGGUUUCUUCAAGACUCAAGUCACAGAUCUGGGUCUGAUUGAAGACGACCUGAAGAAACGCUGGAGUAAUCUUCCAGAACAGGUCAGGAGAGACUACGGAGACUCCUAUCUGCAGGAAUAUCUGAAAGUGCAGGAGUUCUCCCACAAGAUGCUGGCCAGCAGUGACCUCUCCAAAGUGACGUCAUGUAUGCGGCACGCGCUUUCUGCACGUCAUCCUCGAACGCGUUACGCCGCCGGCUGGGACGCAAAGUUCCUGUGGAUCCCGCUGUCGUAUCUGCCCACGUGUGUGGUGGACAUCUUCACUAAUGCCCUGAUGCCUUCUCCAAAACCACUCUGAAGAGCAGCAGAGCAGUCAAUCUGUGCUCAAGUGUGCAGUUUUGGAUUGAAGAAAAAUGUUAAGUUUUUUAAUAAAUGCAAUUAAACUAAGAUCUAUUUUACUGUAUAUAUUACAGCGUUUACAUAUUUAAAGUUCCACAGUCUCACAAAUGAACCAAUGAAAAAGUAGAUUAUACUUUCUGCUAUCAAGCAGUUGAAGUUAGUUUGACAUCAGAUUUUCUUUUCGGCUUAGUCCCUUUAUUAAUCUGGGGUCACCACAGUGGAAUGAACCACCAACUUCUCCAGCAUAUGUUUUACGCCGCGAAUGCCCAUCCAGCUGCAACCCAUCUCUGGGAAACAUACACACUCAUACACUACGGAAAAUUUAGCCUACCCAAUUCACCUGCACCAAAUGUCUUUGGACUGUGAAACCGGAGCACCCUGAGGAAACCCACGCAAACGCAGGGAGAACAUGCAAACUCCACACAGAAACGCCAACUAACCCAGCCGAGGCUUGAACCAGCAACCUUCUUCUACUGCGCCACUGUGUCCGUCACCCCAGUCAAUUUCCGAAAACAUUAAUUAUUUUGUAUACUACAUUAAGAUGUAGUUUUGAGUUGCGAUCACGCAAAGUAAUAUGUUAAUAAGAACCUAUUUAUUGUGCAUCUGGAUGUCAUGUUUUAAUAUAAUGUAAUACACGGCGCCUUAGAGAGUAGAGGGAUGAGAGUCUUACGCUUGUCAGAUACUACGUGAUGACAUCACUGAUAUGCAAAUUAGCGCGUGAUGUCGUCUGGCAACAUUUAGCUACUUUUCAUUGGAAAUAACUGGCUGCUCCAGCAGUCAGCAGGUGCUUUGAGCACAAAACCCCAGAUAGCAGUGCACGUCGAACAGUUUAUCAAGGAUGUACCACAGGAUCGCACCUUACUAUAGUUGUUAAACAUGAUAUUUAAAUAAUCUUGUCACUAUCUAAUGACUCUUCGGUCUUUUGCAUUUAUCAGGUAACGCGUCACAGCGACAGUACACUGCUUCAAUCUUUCACUUUCACGCUUUUUACUGUUGGUUGGUUCCCGUUUGUUGAGAACCACAGAAAAAGUGAUUGACAGGUGGUAAUUUGUGUGUAACUUAUCUUUAUUUAUGAUUUGGUUAUGGGUAAAACAAAGACCAUGCGGGUCAGGUAGUUGAAAUGGUAGGCUACAAAUAAUGAAUCCAUUAUGAAUGAAUUAUUUAUAAAUAACUAAUUCGCUGCCACCUAUGAUGAUGCCAUAGUCCUUCGCAAUGUUUCACAUGACAACAUACGAUGCCAAAUUGGUUCGACAUCGUUUAACCCUACUAGCCAGUUAAAUUUCAGUCUAGAUUGCACAAAUUGGAUUUUAAGUAACAUGAAGUCUGAUUAAAACAAAGAAUGAUUAAAGUCAAGCAGCCUUCAUGUCACCUAAAACCCAAGAAUGGUGCAAACUAAUUAGCUGACAAAUCCAGCUUCAUGCAGGUCACAGAAUACUGAGAAAGAUUUUUGACAGUUUUGAUCUUAUUCAAACAUCAUAAUUCAAUACAAAUGUAAAUAAAUAAUUCAACUGGAGCACUUGAUUGGAUUUAACCAUCUGGCUGAAAGAACUAAAAUUGAAACACUUCACUAUGCUCACAGUUCCUCUCCUGCACUGUUUCUCCUAAAUUGUUAUCAAAUUGAAAAAGCUCUCCCUCGAGCACAGGUUCACUGACCUUAUACCUUUAGCUGAACGCUGAUUUUCUGAGAGCUUUUAAAGCGUCCUCAGUAAACAGCUCCACCUAUCUCCAAUUAACUCAACAGACGUCAAUUACUUAUUUAGACCGCUGUGCUUUCAAGGCAAAGGAUUUUGUUUUCAAACUGGAUCUAGUGGUGGGCACAGCGAGGCUUCAUGAAACACUGAAACAGUCGAAGCAAAUGUGUCGAAGCUUAUAAACCCCACUCUACAGUGAUGUCUAGUGGUCAUUUUUAUGUAUUGCACUACAGCUUCAGCAAAGAACAGUUGAGCAAAUUGAGGUAUUAAACCCCUAUUUGUAGAAUUGGACGCUCAAGUGAUAUAAUGGAGUGGUUAGGGUUCCCGACUACCAUGCGGGGAUUGUUGGUUCGAAUCCAGGCUGAUACAGCUAUUUUGAAAUGCUUUAAUAUCCGUUUGAGAUGCUUUGUUCGUGCAUCGUUCUGUUUCAACAUUGGUCUGACAUCCGAAUAAACACUUUGUGAAUAAA